UUCACAUGUCUAGGAAGAUGUUACUAGGCCUCACAGAAUCACUACCAAGCCUGGUGGAAGCUAAGUUCACAACAGCAAAAGCAUCCUCAAGCCUGCUAUGCUCGCCCACCGAGCUCUCAAUCAUCCGCACAUCCACCGGCAUUCCAUUCCAACUCCGCUACUGCCCCUCCCUGGCAAAGAAACCCAUCCCCAAACUCGAAGCGCCCACCCCAACACCCAAGAAACACUUCGACCCCUUCGACAAUCCCUCGCCCGACCUCCACAUCAUCGACAUCCCCACAACAAACCCAACACACCUCCUCGUGCUCAACAAAUUCCCCAUAAUCGCCGAACACUUCAUCCUCGCAACAAAAACGAACAAGCAGCAAACACACAUUCUAGAACAAGAUGAUCUGGAGGCGACGUACGCUUGCUUGAAGGCAUGGAGCGAGGACAGCGAGCAGAAGCGUUUGUUUGCGUUCUUCAAUUCUGGCGAUUACAGUGGUGCGAGUCAGCCGCAUAGGCACUUGCAGUUCUUGCCUGUGGAGCAUAUGCGCGACAAAGAGGCGGCGAACGGGUGGGAUCUGCUGAUCGAUCUGAUCUUGACGGGCGAGGAGAGCGCAGGUACAUCUUCACGCGCUUUACGAAACCCAAACAUUCCGUUCGCGCAUUUCGGCCGAAAGUUCGAUUCCGAGCCGACCGGAGAGCAGCUCUUCAGCAUCUACAAGGAGCUGUAUGGCCAAGCGAAAGAUGCGGUCAACGACUUCAUAGCAAAGAGACCGAGCGAGUCUGCUCUGCACUCCACCGAAGGAGGUGACUCACCCAUAAGUUACAACCUGGCAAUAACGAUAGAGGGCAUGGUGGUUCUGCCCCGACGAUCUGAAGGCACAAUGCUCAAACGUCCCGAUGGCAGUGAGAUUGGCUUCGUUGCUCUCAAUGGCACUACGCUUGGAGGCACGAUGAUGGUCAAGCAUCAAGAGGAGUGGGAUGUAUUGCGCUCGCAACAAGGCAAGCUUGAUUCCAUACUUAAUGCCAUUGGCAUACCUAGGGAUGCGGAAACGUACAAAUCCCGCGUCUAG